AUGUCAAGAUUCGUAACAAAGAGAGUUCCUCCAAGUGAGUCAAAGAAACUAAAAUUGGAGCGUAAUCAAAAGAUAUUCUCCAACAUUCAGUCUAAGAUUAAGAAUGAUAGAGUUAAAUUGAAUGAAUUACGUAAGAAGGCUAAGAUUGAGGCAUUUGAUUUACAAAAGCAAUACAAGAAACAUGUCAAAUCUAUUGUUGACUUAAAAAGACAGGCUAAGCAAAAUGGAGGUUUAUAUCGUCCAGCUGAACCAAAAGUUGCCUUUGUUAUACGUCUUAAAGGUAUCAAUAAGUUAUCUCCCAAGGUUAGAAAAAUCUUCCAGUUAUUUAGAUUACGUCAGAUUAAUAAUGGUGUAUUCUUACCAAUUAAUAAAGCAACUACUGAAAUGCUCAAGGUUAUUGAUCCAUUUGUAGCUUAUGGGUACCCAUCUAUUUCUAUGAUCCGUAAGUUACUUUAUAAGAGAGGAUACUUGAAGGUUGGAAAGAAAGGUAGUUAUCAGAGAGUACGUAUUCAAGAUAAUUCUAUUAUUCAAAAGAGACUUGCUUCUAAAGGUGUCUAUGGUAUUGAAGGUAUGGUUCGUGAAUUAUUCUUUUGUGGAGAACAAUUUAAGGCUGUUUCUUCUCUAUUAUGGCCAUUCAAGCUUUCCUCUCCAAAUGGUGGAUUUGUUCGUAAGUCCACCAGAUUUACUGAGCCCAGAGGUGGAGACUGUGGUAACAGAGAGCAUUUGAUCAAUAAGCUUAUUGAUAGAAUGUGUUAG